CCGACUGUAAUGCAAAGGAAAAAAAAUACUAACUAUUUAUUCAAACACUCUCUCUCUCGGUUGGGUUGGGUCGCGGUGAUCGGAACGAAGAUGGAUGAGGAAUUGCUGGAAUUGCAGAGACAGUUCGAGUUCGCACAGCAAGCGAAAUCCAGUAUUCGAUUAUCGGAUCGAAACGUCGUCGAAUUGGUCCAGAAGCUUCAGGAGCUCCGUAUCAUUGAUUUUGAUCUUCUCCACACCGUCUCCGGCAAAGAAUACAUCACUCCUGAACAACUGAGGCAUGAAAUUGUUGCUGAGAUCAAGAAAUUAGGGCGUGUUUCAUUGAUUGAUAUUGCGGUCACAACGGGGGUUGACUUGUACCAUGUCGAGAAGCAAGCUCAGCAUGUUGUUUCUAAUGAUCCGAGCCUUAUGUUAAUUCAAGGGGAAAUAAUAUCACAAUCUUAUUGGGACUCCGUGGCCGAAGAAAUCAACGAGAGGCUUCAAGAAUGUAGUCAAAUUGCUUUGGCGGAGCUUGCUGCACAGUUACAUGUUGGUUCAGAAUUGAUCACAUCGGUGUUGGAGCCCCGCCUCGGGACUGUGGUGAAAGGCAGGCUUGAAGGUGGGCAACUUUAUACCCCUGCUUAUGUUGCUCGUGUUAGUGCAAUGGUUCGUGGUUCUGCAAGGGGUAUUACAGUCCCGACAAAUUUAUCAGUGUCGUGGAGCUCGUUACAGAAACUACUGUAUGAAAUGGAUGGAGCCAGUGGUGUGGCCAUUGACAUUUCAUUUUUCCAAUCCCUUUUUAAUGGGCUUGUGAAGGAAGGCGAGGUUUUGGGAUCAUUACGUGCAGGAGUUCAUUGGAUGCCAAAUGUCUUUGCCAUUGCACAAAAGGAAUGUGUAGAUUCUUUCUUUUCACAGAAUUCCUUUAUUAGCUAUGAAGCUUUGCGGAAACUUGCAAUUCCCCAGCCUGUUCCUUUCUUGCAGUCCAGAUAUCCUGAAGGUAUGCCUUUAGUCACUGCAUUUGUUCACCCUUCAUUGAUUGAGAUGUUGGAUGCUGCUACCGAGGAUGCUCUUGAACACAAUAGUUGGAUUGAUUCUCUUUCUGUAUUACCUGCAUCCUUCGGAGCCCAAGACGCAUAUAAAAUUUUGUCCCUCUGUCCAUCUGUUCAACUGGCUCUCAAGUCAAAUAGAGCACUCAUUUUUGGGGAGUCCUAUAUAUUUAGCAAUGGAUUUAUCAAGGGUGUAUACGAUCGGAUGGAGAAAGAGAUGGAAUCCUUCAGUGUUUCAGGUUCUUCAGGCAUCGUGCUGCCUGAUGAUUCACACUUGGUUAACAACGCUAGAGUUGGAAAUGACUCGGGCAGGGUAAUUGAGUCAAAUGAGACUGGUAAUGAGCUUGCUAGUAGCAAACAGCCUAUCGAGAAAGGACCAAAAAAGAAAAAGGGAAAAUCUGCAGCUGAAAGUGGUUCUGAUAACCAGGAGUAUGUUCCUACAAAAUCUAAGAAAAGCCAGAGGAAAGGCAAGGAUUCAUCUUCCUUACCAGUAUCAGAUUCAAAACCAGGUGCUAAGAAAGAAUCAGUUAAGAUAAAAGAGGAAAAUCUCAGCGUUCCUUCAGAAGAAUGGGUAAUGCACAAGAUUAUGACACUGGUUCCUGAUUUUGAAGAACAAGGUAUAGAUGAUAUCGAAAUAAUUCUCAGACCUUUAGCAAACCAUUUAAGACCCAUGUUAAUCAACUCAUGGAAGGAAAGAAGGAAGUCAUUAUUUACAGAAAACGCGGAAAGAUUGAAACGCUUGCUCGAUAAUUUACAAAGAAAACUCGAUGAGUCUUUCUUAAACAUGCAGCUAUAUGAAAAAGCUUUAGAUUUGUUUGAAGAUGAUCAAUCAACUUCGGUUAUUUUGCACCGGCAUUUAUUAAGAACAACAGCCGCUCCCAUUGUGGAUACACUCUUACAUGACUUGGACAUCCACAACAAAUUGCGGAAUGGAGUUGAAGUUGAGGAAGCCCGAAAUUCAGAAUCUGGCUCACUUAGUCCUGGAGAACGAAGUGCUCUUGCAAAGAGCUUUCCAGGAUCUCUGUCAAAUAUGGCUUUUGCGGUGGUUGACGCUUUGGAAGGAAAGCGGGUAGAAACAUUCAUGGAUGCAUUUAGAGCUCUUGUGGAAGAAAGUGGAUUAGUCUUGAAAAAGCUUGACAAGAAAUUGGAAAGAACACUUCUGCAUUCGUAUCGCAAGGAUUUAACAUCUCAAGUCUCUGUUGAAACUGACCCAGUUUCUCUUCUGCCAAAAGUCAUAUCUUUGCUAUAUAUACAGGUUCACCAUAAAGCUCUUCAGGCCCCUGGAAGGGCAAUUUCUGUUGCUGUUUCCCGGCUGAAGGAGAAAGUAGAUGAUUCAGCAUACAAGAUCUUAACAGAUUACCAAACUGCAACGGUGACACUUUUAGCACUAAUAUCGGCUGCUACUGGCAAUGAAGAAGAUGACUGUUCAUCUGAUAGAAUUUUGACUAAAAGGGAACUCCUGGAGAACCAAAUGCCAGCAUUGAAAGGCCUGGUUUUGAGCUCCUAACAAUCCUGACUCGUCAUGAAGUCAAUUUUCUAAAGGCCAACAUGAAGUCUCUCUCUCUCUCUCUCUCUCUCUCUCUCUCUCUCUCUCUCUCUCUCUCUCUCUCUCUCUAUAUAUAUAUAUAUAUAUAUAUCUGAAGCAUUUAUAGGGAUUUCUGCGAAACUAUAAAUUAUAAUUUGGAUUUAGUUUCA